AUGUCCAUGUUGUCGUGCCGUGUGUUGUGUCUGUUGGCCAUUGUGCUCUGCUGUGUGGGUGUGGCUCAUGCUGAUCUUCCACCACAUGUGAUGCAAUUAGUGGAGGAAGCAAAUAAAAUGGCUGAAAAAACUUCUACACUUAAGGUGGAGUGCGACAAGGCCGGCAUGGCUGCUCGAGAGGCCGGGGAAGAAGCUCAUGUAUUUGCUGAGGAAACUAAGACUAAUCUCGAAACAAUUGCUGCUGAUCCAAAAAAAGUGGAGGAAACGAAGAGUAAAGGUGAUGAA